UCACUUUUCCGCGUAUUAAAUUUAUACUGCUCUUUAUCUUUGGUCGUCAACUACCAUUAGCUAUAGAUGCGCGUGGAGUGAUCACUUGACAAGUACGCAUUACGUGGAUCCUUUUUCAUCGAUCGAUCACUACGGGGGAUAAGAAAAUGAGACCUUUUUGCGUUCACUAUAGGCACCUAGUAAUUUGCUAAAAUCCACUUCCGCGAUGGAUAUUGUGAUUGACAAUUUUUUUUUUUGAAUUUAUAAAAGAGAUGUCUCUUUGUACGAUUAGUAGCCUACGAUGAGAUACUACUAAUAAAAGUUCCACUUACGAGCUGCGCACUUUAUCGAGACAGUUGCGCUGUAGGUAUCAUCGUGGAUCAUCUGUUUGCAUUUCACGGUGUCGCAUCGAAUCGAUUGAAAAAUAUAUUAAGGGAAUUGAUAUGAAGAGAAUGACAUCAACCGUGCUCCAGGUAGACGAUAGGAAUGGAAGUGGCGUAUUCAACAUCCCUUACUACAGAGUGCUUAAAAAGUAUAUGAUUAUCAUGGGACAAUAUCCAACUCAAUCAGCUUUGGUGAAUAAUUGUUGCGUAACCGUAUUGGUGGCGAGUAACAUUAGUCUUAUACUACCAACGUUGUUCCAAAUGUACAUAUCGAUGCGCGCGAAGGAUUUCGAUGGAAUCCUCGAGUGCCAACCGCACUUAUUUACAACCGCUAUAAGUGGUUUCAAGUUAUUAAGUCUCCAUGUGAACAAGGAAUAUUUGAGGAAAAUGUUUGUCUCUGUGGAAGAAGAAUGGAAGCUGCUGAAAUUUAACGGUAGCUUGUGCACUCUGGAUGACAUUACCAAAUCCGGAAGUAAAAUUGCGCAACUCUACAGAGGUAGCCUGUUGUCAUUCUUGUCAGUAUUCGUAAUGCUACCGUUGGUCAAUCCUAUGCUGGAUAUCGUUAUGCCACUGAACGAAACCAGACCUCGACAACAAGUAUUUAAACUUUAUUACUUCGUGAACAACGACGAUCAUUUUUUCCCCAUAUAUUUCCACGCGAGUAUAUGUUCGAUUUGUGCUAUACUGAUGAUAAUCACUUUCGAUUCUGUGUUCAUGGUGAUAUCUCAUCACGCCUCUGGAUUAUUUGCCAUAUGCGGAGAUAAGAUUAAGAAAUCGACGGAAAAUAAUCGAACUAAAAUUGGAGUUGCUGAGUGGGACGAUGGAUACGAAGAAGCCAGAAAAUGCGUGGCGGCACACAAGAAAGCUAUCGAGUUUUUCAAGAUGCUGGAGCAAGUGACUGAAAAGCUUUACCUACUUCUGAUUGGAGGUAACAUGAUCGGUAUAUGCGUAACAGCUUUUCAAGUAAUCGUACAUUUAAAUGAACCCGACGAAGCUAUCAGAUAUGUUGUUUUCUGUGUUGCCCAGAACUUUCAUCUAUUCUACAUCAGUAUACCCGGACAGAUAAUUGCUGAUCGUAGUUUUGAACUCGGCACUAGUAUGUAUUGCUCUGCAUGGUAUCGAACUUCGAGGAGAGUACAAAGAGUACUUGGUAUGAUGCAACUAAGAUCCAGUAAACCGUGUGAAUUAAUUGCAGGCGGAGUAUAUAAAGUAAACAUCGAAAAUUUCGGAGCGACUUUCAAAACGUGCAUGUCAUAUAUUACGAUGUUGCUGUCGAUGAGAGAAUAGUCCCUCGUUAUACCUGCCCAUAACGUGUUUUCGUUGGACAAAAAUACUAUAUUGAUUAUUCGACGUUCACAGGCUAAACUGCAUGCAAUUCAAGUGGUAUUUGAUUUAAGUAGAUUUCGUCAUUACGAUAGAGAUACAUAGUUGAUCAAAUUAGUUAAACCGUAUGGUCCUCCAAACGAGACACCAUUGGCCAGAUAUUUCAUAAGUGUUGAGUUGGUGUUGUAUUGUGUUCAUCGUAAAAUUUCAACUAAAAUAAAGUUAUAUUCUUCUAUAGAUAAUCCUUAAAUCCUCUUACUCAAACACAUUAUUUAUAUAAUUUAUUGAGUAUUAUUUGAGACGUAUCUUUUGCAUGUCUAUGUACAGCAUGUAAACGAGUAAUAGGUUUGUUCACAUUAUCAAUCGUAACUCAUUAAUCAUAAGUAUGUGCUUAGUCUCUAUACCAAAAAAGGAGCGUUGUAAGCAUUAUUUUAUUGUAAAGUUUUGAACUUAUUAUUUUCUUAGACACUACUGGUAUUGCUAAUGCUACAGUAUUCCAUUCAUUAUCCUUGGAUCGUGGAAAUUA